GCUUCUCAAAACAAACCAAACGAUGUCAGUAAAAGUUAUUAGUCGGCCUUCUCAAGAACAUUUUUGCUCGCCCACUUGUUCAGAUGGUUUUUAAAGGUGUUUAACUACAAUUCUAGCAUAAAAUGAAAUUGCCCCUAGGUAUGAAUAUUUUCCCAUUCUCGGAAAGAAAAAGGAUUUAUUACCUUGAAAAGUUCUGAGAAUUCGUACAACCUGUUGCCGCUCCAAGUUUGUAGAGAAGACGAGCUCUGUAUCCCAUAAAUGGUAGCAAACAAUCACAUGUUGCUGUAAACUUGAAUGAUGAUGAGUAAUCUAUGUCAAAGAGAAGAACUUUGCGGUGUGGCGUCCCAUGAUAAAGAUACACUCGAGCUCAAUUCAAAAGACUUUCAAGUCAUCCGUUUCUUUUUACGUUUCUUAUCACUUUGGCGUCCUUUAUCUGCGGGCUAUCUAGAAAGGUAUGUGUAUCCAAUCACAAUAAAUCUCUUGCUGGCUUUUAAUUUCAUUCGCAAUGCCAUACAAGGAUCUGAAAAAUCCAUCCUACUCAACAUUCAGUUUUUAUACAUGGGGCACGAAAUCGUAGUGUGGAUUGGCCAUAUUCUUGCAAACCGCUACUUUGCCUCGAGAGAUUUGGAAAACAAUGUCCUUUCUCCGCUACAACCGUUAGCUGGCAUUAGGAAAGUCUUGUGUCGCAAACUUCGAAUUUUUAACGCUUUUGUCGUUGCGUCGAUGCUGUUCUUUUCCACUAUGUUGUGGACUCUCUACAUCGUGACAGGUGUAACUUGGCACCAUGGUGCUAACAAAUUUUCAGCAGAAUUAUCUUUUCUCCAUGGCUGGACUGAUAACGUUGUCUAUGGCCUCGUUAUCGUCGCAAUUGUCUACGAUGUAGGAGUAGGACUUGCACUUUUCUGGACACUGGCACUUCUAUAUGUUAGCUUUGCAGCUCGUUUGAAAAUCCUGGAGAAAAUCUUUUUAAAAUGGACGCAGCCUUCAGUCGAUGCCGUUUCGUGUUUCGUACAAGUUUAUGCAAAACCAGUGAAGCAAUCGUGGAAGAGAUUGUCUUGGUGGUUCAUUACGCAAAAUGUUGUUGCUCUUGGCAUACCACUAUACGGUUACAGCUUGGCUCAAGCCAUAUCAGGCAGUGACGAACAGCGUUCAAGAUAUCUUCCGCAGUUCAUUUGUUAUCUGAUUUUCAUCGUGACGAUAUGGCUCGCACCAAUAUUCGUUGGGGAACUAAUCAAGCGGCGGGAAAAAAAGUUCGAAGAGCGAAUAAAUAACGUUUGCCCAUGGUUAAUUGAUGCUAAUUGUUCUUUGCGCCUCGAUUCAGUUGAAUUUGCUGGUUUUUCUAACGUGGAACAUGUAUCACAAAGCAAUAGACUGCUUCUUGAUUCGGCUUCUGUGGAAACAUGCGAUGACACACCCAAAGUUGAGUACACGUUUGCAUCACGUGGCAAGGAAUUGAAAAACUUUUUAAGAUUCUUGAAGAAAAGAAAGCCUGGCCUGGUAUCGCGCGGUUAUUCAUUGCAGCUUAAUUUGUCGCUCAUUUCACUGUUUGCUGGUGGUGUGUCCUUUUUAAUUCGACUGAACUCAAUGAGCACAGAAGUCAAUGUUCGUAACCAUUUGAACUGCUGCAACGCUACUUUGUAAAGACUGUUUUUAAUUUUUCACCUUUCUGACUUCCUGUUAAUGGGCUUCAGUUUGUAGCUUUAUCCUUAUCAGUCCCUUAUCAGUCUUAUUGUCGAUUUCAGUUAACUUUUCAAA